AUGCCUCAACGAUACAUCCAGUACGAUCUGCUUGACGUCUUUGCGACCGAUGCAGGUCCAUACUCUGGCAAUCCGCUCGCCGUCUUCCACGACGGACAGGAUCUGUCGACGGCGCAAUGUCAGACACUCGCCCGUGAGCUCAAUCUGUCCGAAGUGACAUUUCCAUCGAACGUGCAAGCGAGCAGCUAUGAUGUCCGCAUCUUCACGCCCGGUCAGGAGCUCCCCUUUGCCGGUCAUCCGACGCUGGGCACAUGCUCUGCACUCCUCAAAGCUGCCAAACUCAGCAGACCGGCCAAAGAUGCUGUUCUACAGCAAAGCUCGCGUUCGGGCAUCACUCGUCUGGCAGUAGCAGCCGAAGAUGAGCAGUCUGUCACCGUAGCUAUGACAGCAAAGGCCAGCCUCAUCACUGGCAGGCUGCCUGUGAAUGCUCAGCUCGCAAAGACAGCGUUCAAUCUUGCCAACGCACCCAUCGCCCUUCGGCGAGCAGGAUGUGGUCUCAACUGGCUCUGCAUGCAUGUACCGGUGCAUGAGCUUGCUUCAAUCAUAGUGGACACCAAGCAGCUCGGCGCGUGGUCGGAAGACGUCAAGGCAUCGGCUGACGCGCAAGAUGUCGUUGGCAAUUGGCUGAGCGGUUGUGCUGUCUUUGCGUUGGAAGACACCAUCGAGGGGCAGGUGAGUUUGAAGGUCAGGGUCUUUUUUGUGGAGCAUGGCAAUGUCAUCGAAGACCCUGCAACGGGAUCGGCUGCUCUUGCGCUAGGCCUCGUGUUGCAUGCUGAAGGUCACCUGGCGAGCAUCUCUCAGGGCGGCAAAUACUCUAUCGAUCAAGGCGCUGCCAUCGGCAAGCCAUCUCGCUUGGACGGUCACUACAAUGAAGAUGGUACAGUCACAGUACAAGGCAAAUCAAUCGUCGUCGGUCGUGGUCAGCUUUUGAUUCCAAACGCGAACUAG